UCCUGCGUAAGCAUGAGAAGACAGCAACAAUGGCGACAAUCGUGUUCCGCCUGGGUUGGGGGGCUUGUGCGAGGUCUGCCUGCCUCGAGAACCAGGUUUUGUCGGGCUCUAUUUAUGGUCUACAAAUUGCUUGAUUCUUGGAAGUAAACGGGAGAGAAGAGAAGGGGAAAGAAUGAAAAGUGAGAGCUGCUCCUCAUCGUUGAUGGCAAAUGAAGUGGAAGUGGUGUUAUACAAGGAUCCAAACCAGCCCGUGGAAGCGAGGGUUCGGGACCUGCUCUCUCGCAUGACGCUGGCAGAGAAGGCCGGCCAGAUGGCCCAGAUCGAGCGGUCCGUUGCCUCCCCCGCCGCCCUUACCGGCCGCUUCAUUGGCAGCGUCCUCAACGCCUGCGGUAGCGCCCCGAGGGAGCGCGCCUCGGCCGAGGAGUGGGCCGAAAUGGUGGACGAGAUGCAGAGGUGGGCCCUCGCCUCCCGUCUAGGCAUCCCCAUCAUCUACGGCACCGACGCCGUCCACGGCAACAACAACCUCUACGGCGCCACCAUCUUCCCCCACAACGUCGGCCUCGGUGCUACCAGAGAUGGAGAUCUCGCACGGAGGAUUGGAGAGGCCACGGCUUUGGAAGUCAGAGCAAGCGGCAUCCACUGGACUUUUGCUCCUUGUGUGGCCGUGACGGAUCCGUUGCGCUGCCAUAUAAUUAUAGGUUUGCAGGGACCCGAGAUGGGGGAGAUGCUACGAGAGCUACAGCGAGGACACGGAGGUCGUGCGGACCAUGGCCUCCAUCGUAGCUGGGUUUCAGGGAUCACCUCUUGAAGGGCACCAUGCCGGCUACCCUUUUCUUGCUGGAAGCAAGAAUGUGAUUGCCUGUGCCAAGCAUUUUGUUGGAGAUGGGGGCACGCACGAAGGAAGAAAUGAAGGAAAUACCAUUUGUACCUUUGAGGACUUGGAGAAGAUCCAUGUGAGGCCUUACCUCGAUUGCCUUGCUCAAGGCGUUUGUACAAUUAUGGCUUCAUAUUCCUGCUGGAAUGGAAAACUACUGCAUUCUAAUCGCUUUCUCAUAACAGAACUUCUCAAGGACAAGUUGGGUUUUAAGGGUCUCGUUGUAUCAGAUUGGGAAGGUAUAGAUAUGCUCUCUAAGGAUUACCGAUAUUGCAUUUCUGCUUCAAUUAAUGCUGGAAUUGACAUGAUUAUGGUGCCUCACAGAUAUGAAAUGUUCCUAGAAGAUUUGACAUUUCUGGUAGAAUCAGGGGAGAUACCUAUCUCACGGAUUGAUGAUGCUGUAGAGCGGAUCCUAAGAGUAAAAUUUGUUUCUGGGCUGUUCGAGCGGCCUUUCUCGGAGCGAUCUUUGCUUGAUGUAGUUGGUUGCAAGGAACAUCGACUAUUGGCCCAUGAGGCAGUUCGGAAGUCUUUAGUUCUAUUAAAAAAUGGAAAGGAUCCAAAGAUUCCAUUUCUUCCUCUAAACAGAGGUGCUAAAAGAAUUCUUGUUGCUGGAACGCAUGCUGAUGAUAUUGGAUAUCAAUGCGGGGGAUGGACAAUAAGACGGUAUGGAGGCAGUGGAAGGACAACAAUUGGCACAACUAUAUUGGAAGCCAUCAAAGAAGCAGUAGGUAAAGAAACAGAAGUGGUACACGAGGAACGCCCAUCAGAAUCCACUUUUAAGAAUAAAGAAUUUUCAUUUGCAGUUGUCGUUGUUGGGAAGGCUGCCUAUGCAGAAUGUUUGGGCGAUAGAACAGAGCUUGAGAUCCCUUUUAGUGGUGCAGAAACGAUCUCUUUCGUAGCAAAUAAAGUUCCCACCUUGGUGAUUGUGGUAUCUGGGAGGCCUUUGGUUUUUGAGCCAAGUUUGUUGGAGAAAGUAGAUGCUCUGGUUGCUGCCUGGUUGCCAGGGACGGAAGGAGGGGGGAUAGCAGAUGUUCUUUUUGGAGAUCAUCAGUUUGAGGGCGUGCUGCCUGUAACAUGGUUUAAAUCAGUUGAUCAUCUGCCAAUAAAUGCGGGGCAUCAGAACUACGACCCCCUAUUUCCACUUGGAUUCGGCCUGAAAACGAGCAUCAAUAAUGAAAGUUAUCCGUAGACGAGCUGCAAACUUUGCCAAGAUAAUAAUAUUAUGUAUUGUAUGAUUAUGAAGUACAUUCAUGCUUAUUGUUUAUCUUGUUUUCCUUUUUUCCAUUUAUGCAAGUGCCUGCUUGGUGAUCUUGGAG